UUCAACGUCAUUCACGAAUGAACCGUUUACAAAGCAAUUUCUUCCCAUUCGUACGCUUUUUCGGUUGGCUAGGCUACGGUUACAGUCUCAACUAUGGCCAAUCAUCAUUCAGAUGGUGGCUGAGACUUAUUCUAUCGACGAUCGGUUUGGCGUGUGUUUUAAACGCAAGAAUCCCUCACCUAACAAAUCUGUUCGGACCAUGGAACGAUUUUUUCAAAUUUUUUGCCUACAGUUUAGUCUAUAUAGUAGCUUUUAUUGAAUCGUGGAAUGGAAGUGGUCGAUUGCAAGACAUUUGGGAUAGAAUCGAAAAUAUUCACAAUCACAUGUGUCGGUUGACGCAGGAAAUGCUUUUGCGCAUGAUAUUCAAAAACUUUAGAAGAACAUAUUUCCUGUUAAUGGUUUCUGUCGUGCUUUUGGGCAUUUUUUCAAUGCUGGUACACGUUACGGUUAUAGCAAAUGUUAUUGAAGACAAUUACUAUAAAUGUAAGUAUAACAUUGAAUUGGCAUUUGUUAAAUUUUUUAUUGAGAUUCGCCAUUUCCAAUUGAUUUUGUACGUAAAUUUGCAGACCGUUUUCUUAGAGGAAAUUGGAAAUCAAAUAGAUAUUUGUGCAAACGAAAAUUUUCUCGGUAGAUUACACCGUUUGCACAGCGUUACUAAAAUCUAUAUGAAAUUGUCCUUUUUGAACGAUGAUAUUCAUUUGUCGUAUGAAAUGUCCCUAGUUAUGUUUGUAUCAGUAUGGCAUUUUGAAAUGCUGGCCAAUUCAUACUGGUUUGUUGAUUCUAUCACACUCUACGGAACGGCUAUGUACGUUUCUCAAAUUUUUGCCUUACUAUUAAAUUCUGCGAGUCUUAUUCUGAUGCACAUUUUCUGUGAAGAGCUGAGAAAUGUAUAUCAACUUGUUCGGGCUAAAAUCAACAACUUGAGACUGCAUCCCGUUGUUUGUGCAGGAUACUCUUAUCAAUUAAUAACGUGCUGCACAAAUCAAUUCAUGAUUCGAAGAAUAGGAAUGUUUGCUAUGGGAUGCUUUGAAGUAUCUUACUAUCCUAUUGUGUCACCUGUACAUACUUAG